AUGUGGAUGAUGAGCAGAAUGGGACGCGUGCAUGCGAGCGCAAUGAGGCGUGCAUUCGCUGGACAGCCUCGCACGUAUACUCGGAUGGCGACUGUGGCUGGACGGCCGCGUGUAGGAUGGCCCCCGAUGCUGGUGCGGCAAGGGACGAUGCUGCCAAGCCGCAGUAUGUUUAUCCAGACCGAAUCGACGCCGAACGAAGACUCGCUCAAGUUCCUGCCAGGAUGCAGGGUGAUGGAAAAGGGCACCGCAGAGUUUUUGGACCAACGAUCGUCGAUGACGUCACCACUUGCCAAAGACCUGUUUGCUUUGGACGGCGUAAGUGGCGUGUUUUACGGGCCAGACUUUGUCACGGUGACCAAAGAUACCGACACGCCAUGGUCCGCGAUCAAGCCAGAAGUGUACAGUACGAUGAUGGAAUUUUUCACGGCUGGCCACAGCCUGUUUCCUGAUCCCAGCAGCGCACAACCUGGCUCCGAUACGACAAUCCUCGAUACAGACUCGGAAGUGGUGGCGAUGAUCAAGGAGCUUCUCGACACGCGUGUGCGUCCAGCGAUCCAGGAAGACGGCGGUGAUCUCGAGUACCGUGGCUUUGGCGAAGACAGUGACGGCAUUGUGCGAGUCAAGUUGAAGGGUAGUUGCCGUGGAUGUGACAGCUCGACAGUGACGCUCAAGUCAGGCAUCGAGCGCAUGCUGAUGCAUUACGUGCCAGAAGUGCAAGGUGUUGAGCAGGUGCUGGAUCCAGAGGAGCAAGUCGCGAUGGACGAGUUCACAAAGCUCGAAGACCGACUGAAGAAGCAGCGCGAAGAGCGUGCACGCGGCUUUUCGUUGUGA